UAGACAGACAGACAGACAGACAGACGGACGAGCAGAGGGGCAAGCGGAGGGGCAGCCAGGUUGUCGCCCCGCUUGGGCUUUUCUUGACUUGAUGGCGAACCGCCCGGCGGCCUCUCGCUCGUCUCCACGCCUACAGCAAGGGCCUGACCGAGAGCUCGUGGGGCGGCCCCGGAAAGACACGAACUAGAGACAACUUGUGUCUGGCUGGCUGUCGAGAGAUUAGCUCAAGAUGCGUGAAUACAAGUUGGUGGUUUUAGGAUCUGGUGGCGUUGGCAAGUCUGCUCUGACAGUCCAGUUUGUUCAGGGGAUCUUUGUGGAGAAGUAUGACCCCACGAUAGAGGACUCCUACAGGAAGCAAGUGGAGGUGGAUUGCCAGCAGUGUAUGUUGGAGAUCUUGGACACGGCAGGCACAGAGCAGUUCACGGCCAUGCGUGACCUCUACAUGAAGAACGGUCAAGGCUUCGCUCUGGUUUACUCCAUCACGGCCCAGUCCACCUUCAAUGACCUUCAGGACCUCCGAGAGCAAAUCCUGCGCGUCAAGGACACGGACGACGUUCCCAUGAUCCUGGUGGGCAACAAGUGCGACCUGGAGGUGGAGCGCGUGGUGGCCAAAGAGUCGGGCGUGGGCCUCGCUCGCCAGUGGAAUUCCUGCGCCUUCCUCGAAACGUCCGCCAAAAGCAAGAUCAACGUCAACGAGAUUUUCUAUGAUCUGGUGAGACAGAUCAACAGGAAGAGUCCAGUUCCCGGCAGAACUCGCAAAAAGUCCACUUGUCAGCUCCUCUAAUGACUGCAGUUGUGCUCGUCUGGCCAACAUCAAGUGAGCAACCAAUCGGAGGACAUCUUCCGUCUGUCCCCAUCUACAUCAUCAUCAUCAUCAAGUUGGAAGUCUGUCGCCGCGCCAAGCACAUGUGCCACGCUUCCUUGUCCCCCUUCUCUGUUGCCUCGGAAACCAAACAUCAAAAGACUGCCAUGAUGAUGAUGAUGAUGAUGACGACGAUGAUGGGCCGCCAGGAUGUUUUCCCAUCGUGCGCUCUGCCUCUCGAUUUUCUUUCCGACCAGAGGCGCAACGUGAUGAUGUCACUGGCGACGUGGCCGACCGUGUGUGUGCGUGUGUAUGCGUGUGUGCGCGUGGCUCCGGACAUUUGAGAAACUUUGAUUGUUUUGCUCAUUGUGUGAUUCUUUUUUUCGGUCUCUCUUUGGGGGAGGGGUGUGGCGAUGCAGCAGCAGUUUUUGGCAUUGGCUCAAACAUCAACCUCAGCGGCUCGGUUUGCGGCAUGUUUUAAGCUCCGCCUUUUCAUUCACGACUAAUAAUGCCAGCAAUGUUAGCAACACGGAUGUGGCCGUUCGUGGCGUCACAGUUGUUUUUCUACAUUUAACGCUCAGCUUUGCUGCCUGCGGUUCUGUUAGCCAUUAGCGCCCCCCCCCCCCCCCCCCCUGCUUUUCAACGACCAGCAGUGCCACACUUGACGAUGUUACCAAACUGUUACUUUUGCCAUCCUUUGAUUAUUUUGGCCAUUAAUGGUUUAGCUCAUGUGUGGCAUUGUGCCAUUAGCCCUUAGCGGUGAGUCGGGGCCCAGAUCUGCUGCCGCCGCCGCCGCUGCUGCCUGUGGCGGCCAAGUUGCCUUUGGACGGCAGACUCACACUGGUCCACUACUCUGCGUGUACACAUGAAUGUGUGUGUGAGUCCAGAUUGUAUUAUGUACAUGUCAUGACAUGUUUAUGGACAUUAGGUAUGCACACAUGAGAGAGGAACACUUUGUGUUGAUGAGGAUGUGCUAUCGUUGCGCUGCUUUUACUCUCGGCCUUUUGUGUCUUUUAUGUUGGACGCUUAACCUCGGUGGAGAUUGUCGAAGCCACUAAAAGCCUUUCAAGUCUUCAAUUGUGUGCGGAGCCAGUGUAUGUUUGCAUGUGGAGGUUGUGUGUUUUUAGCGCUGCUUGUUGUGUGCGUGGAGAUCAAGUGACGGUUGUGUGCUUGUGGAUGCGGGGUUGUGUGCUGGGUCAUGUGUCUGGAGACCCUGUGUUUGGAUGUGGCCAUUGUGUCCGUGUGUCAAGUGUAUGGAAGUUUUGUAUUGAGCUUAUGUUUGCGUGCUGUGCUUGUGUGCAUGUUUGCUGAUGUGUUUUUGUGCAUUUGCGUGUGAGGUUUUUGUCUUUAUAGCAGUUUUGUGCGAAGGUUGAGGGCGUGCGUGCGUGCGUGCGUGCGUGAUGGUCAUGCCGCAUGCAAGCAUUUGUCCGCCUGACCUCCAGGUGGCGCAGUAUCAGCAUGUUGACGCCACCCUCCCUCCGCGUGGCCACGAGGGAGCGCCACCGAGGCCCGUCAAGCAUAGUUAACGUGACUGGAGGGACACCGUAGCCCCCUCCUCACGACCAGGAAUCCGUCAUGGAGUCGGCUAAGAUAGGCUAAAGCAAACGUGAAUGCACUUUUGUUGGUUUUGUUUCCUGCCUGCAUGCACAUUGCCGAUGUUGAGCAAUCUUUUGCUUUCGGUUGGGUUGCUUCCGUUGUUGUUGUUGUUGUUGUUGUUGAGGGGGCGGGGUUGCAGCCAAAUGUCAAGUCAAAACGUCAAAAGCCUUAAAUGAAUAAAAGUGGUGCCAUUUUCUAACAGGAA